CUGAGAACAGUGUGUCUGUAGUAGGAUAGCCUAUAAAAGCCAUAAUGGUGCUUACAGUCUCGACAUUCACCUCAAGACCCCGACUGGACUGGAUGAUAUCAAGAGGACUAUCUAGUGGAGAUAAAGCACCCAACAGCCGGUGCUGUGCAACUUCCAAAGCUUGUGUUAUCAUAAUUUGAAGCUUUUUUUUUUUUUACGCUAAACUUCAAAACCGGACUGUGUGGACAGUCUCCCCGAAGCUCAGACAUCCUACUGCCUGCUCAUGGGACACCAAAACACAGAAAUGGACGCUGAGUCUCUUCAGAAGAUCGGUCGCCGGCGUGGGGGCUGCCUGGACGUUUUUCUCGUCAUGUCCGUCAUUUUUCUGUUUAUGGCGGUGGCAGCUGUGGCUGUCGGCGGAGUGAUGGUUGUGGGGGACCUGCAGUCAAAACUGUCCUCGCUUCGGACCAUUGAGCCUGAGAUGUCAGCGUUGACAGACACACCUGGCUCGAAUUACAAGAUGCACAAUUUUGCCUACCUGGAGGCUACGUCAAGUAAAUUGACGAACUCCACCAUGAAGUGGGAUUCUGUCAGCUACGGUCUUGGUGAAUCUGUAGGAAGCAACUUCGUGUUUGACAAAAUUCAUCAGUCGCUGAAGCCAGAACGAGCGGGGGUCUACUUCAUGUACAUUGAGCUCAACUUCACCUGCACCUUCCAAUGCAACCCAGGCCUCAUCAGAGUGGAUGUGGGCGAUAAGCUCAGCUGCGACGUGAACCUCCCAGCUGUGGCAAAUUCAACACCCGUGAGCAAGAAGUGUUGGACAGUGAGUAAGCUGCUGGACAGCCCGAAACUUAUCACUCAGAUGACAGUACCAAAAGGACUGCAACACUGGAAACUGGAGCUGACCGGCUCGGGACUCGGGAUGUUCCUCGUGGAGUAAUGUGGACGAUGUAGUGUUACUCUUGUCAUCAAGAUGCAGUUGUGCUCGUGACCUGUAGGUCGUACCUAAAGAAAAACACCAGUUUGUGUGAAAAUGGGCAGGUGCUGGUGCCAUUUUCAGAACCAAAGGUGUAAGAAGAUGCAGCUUAGCAGCGUUUGAAGGUGGAAACUCAGGAAAAGUUGCAGCUGUGAUAAUGCAAACAGGAUCAGAAAAAGACUAGACACUCAUCUCAUUCUGUGUAAAUAUUAAUAUAUGUGUUACUCUGUAUGUGAUAUAUUUAUUUUGUGAUAUUGAAUUAUUUAUGUACUUAUAUUUAUAAUAGUGUUGCUAUUUUUUUAUAUAAAUUUAUUUUCAUGUAGAUACCACUACAUUGGUGUUGCUGUGCAAUACACUGCGUUUUUAAGCAGUCUACAUUGGGUUAUAUGUGACUUUAUAACUCUGUUUUUAUUUUAUAAAAGUCUGGGAGCAUAAUGUUGAGGCUUACAAAACUGUGUGAUUAUAUUUCUGUUCCAAAAACCCUCAUCAGGGUCUACUGUAGUUAAAUGGAGACAUUUAAUCUCUUCUGGCAAAUGAUAAGUAACAGUAAUGAGUAAGACUAUGCAUUUAAAAUAACUUGCAGAAACAUGGGUCCCAUAGAAACGAACCAAAUGAUCAAGAGGUACUAAAAUAGCUUUUGUAUGUGUACUGAAUUGAGAAACUGUUAGUCCUAUGGACAAACUGCACAUCGUUGAAUGUAUUUUAUUGUUAUCCAUAGUAAACAUGGACAUAAAUAUAUCAAGAUAAAAUGACAAGUGUGAAAGUUUCAGAUGGAAUACAUGAAAUGUUUAUGUAAGGGAAAAUUCCCUGCUGUUACGCAGCCUAUAACGGGAACUGGAUGUACAUCACUUCCUGUUUAUUUACCAUACAGUGCGGUUUAGAAAAAAAACUAUGUGGGCCUGCAAACAAACUCAACAUAAUCAUACCUCCUGUAUUAUACGAACCUAAGAUGUCAAAGGGAAAUAAAUAUUG